GCACUACGACCCCGCCGGCUACACGACGUUCUGGUGCCGCUACAAGUACAACGAGGACAACAAGAUGCAGUUCAUGACGGCGAACCUGAUCCGCGGGUGGUUCCAGCGCAUGGAGCACGUGCGCAAGUACGCCUUUGGCGUCGCGCUGAUCGUUGGGGAGGAGAAGCGGCACGACAUUGUGGCGCUGUGGGUCUUCCGCGGCAAGGGCAUGCCGGAGAUCGUGGCCGCGGUGGAGGACACGGAGCUGUUCGACUGGGAGGAGGUGGCCGACGUCGCGGCGCAGCGGGAGCGCAUCACGGACUACCUCUGCUGGGAGGGCCCGACGAUCCCGAAGCCGGUGCUGGAGGGGCGCGUGUUCAAGUGA